CCAUUAAGGGUUUGUUCCUCAUUGCUGCUGAAGAAUGGAAGGAAUUAACAGCUUGCUCUUAAAUCCCAAUGCAACUGAUGACAAGUUGAGAAUCCAGCCUUACUUUCCUAAGACAGGUGAUUUCAGGGACAAUCAUGUUACAGAUUCUUGUCCGAGGUUUCUCCACAAGAAUAAUAGCAUUAUUCCCAGACCAGAUUGGAACGCAAAGAUGAAAAUGAAGAUCCCAUAUGCAUUCCCACCCCCUGCUAAUGUUCCAAGAUUCAAUCUCAGUCUUGAUAAAGCAAUCGAAUAUGAGCUAAAACACGGCCGCAGAUUGGACCCUAACAUGGACAAGAAAAAGCUUAGGAGAACCAUAUCAAACAGACUCUCCGCCCAGAGAUCUAGAAUCAAGAAAGCUCAAUAUAUUAAUAAAAUGGAAAAGAUGGUGACUGAUUUAGAGGAACUGAUAUCAGUUCUCACCCCACAAAUCGAAAGCUACAAAGAGAUGCGGAAGCAACUGCUGCUGCAGAAUGAUUCACUCCAAAAUCUCGUACAGCUUCAUUUGAAUGAAGCCAAGCUCCGUGAAUUUGAGCUUGAACAGAAGCGUGUCGAGGUACGUAUGCUCAAAGAUCUUGGGAAAACUUCAAACAAAAACAACGAAGAUUCAAAUUCUGGGUCACAACAUAAGCAAGAUUCUAGUUCCAAGCAAUUCGAGAAACAGCCAUUUCCGUGUCUUGGCUUCUAUCAAAAUGGUCUCCAACAUCUACAGAAACUUUGGCCCAAUCAAUUUUGCCAACAGCAACUUCGCAACUCUGGACAGCUGGUACAGGAAGGACUGAAAACGGCACCAAAUCUUGGCCUUCAGAAAACUAGUAAAGAUCGGCCACUGUGCUUUAAGAAUAGACAACCCACUGAGGCAGCGUCGGCACAAGAAAAGAACCAAGAGGAAGCAGAAAUAGAUGAAUAUCUCAACUUUGAGGCACUAAAUGCCGUUGCAGCAAGUGUUUAAAAUUACACCCCUUGUUGUUGUUGUUGUUGUACUUCAACUUCCGUGUUAGUUUACUUGUAUGCUAAGUUCUUUCCUUUAGACUACCCUUAUAAGUUAUGUUUUCUCUGAUGUAAUUUAAGCAUGUCCGGAUUGAAUAGUUAGAAGAUAGAAGAGUUUGUCUGACAGCAUACAAUGAUUCUAUGUUUCAUG